UGAGCUUCUCACACAAUCUCAAAGCAAAACAUUGCAAAUUAUCUUGUUAAUCCAUUCAGAUAUGGCCUCAAGCAAAUCAUUGUUUACAGUUUUCCUUCUUGCUCUGACCUUCUCGAGCAUGAUCAACAUGAGCCUAGCAACUCGCCUUCCCAGACCAAAUUUUCCAAACAUUCCCAUUGUGCCUAAACCAGCUUUGCCACCUUUAUCUGUCCCACCUCUUCCCACUCUUCCGCCAACUCCACAUAUCACUCUUCCACCUUUAUCUGUUCCACCACUUCCCACCCUUCCACCAACUCCACAGAUCACUCUUCCACCUUUAUCUGUCCCACCUCUUCCUACCAUUUCACCUCUUCCACAGAUCACUCUUCCACCAACUCCACCCACCACUCCCUGAAAGAUUUUCUUCUCUUCCUGAAUUUAUAAUGUUCAAUAAGCACUUAUUAUUGGAGUUUGGUUCCAGCAUCCAGUGAUCAUUAGAGGCAUUUCUGUUAUUAGAUAUGUGAUGAUGUUACAUAUACAUUUGUUGUGUAGUAUUUAUUUUAAUCUUUCAUUUUCAUUUGUUCUUCCAUCUAUUGUAUGCAUUGGAUUGUUGUUUUUCUUCCCCCUUGUUACUUCAUGUACUACUUGGACACAUGUUAUAAUACACACUACAAUGAAUCAUUAUGUUACCUUGAAUAAAUAUAUAUUGCUUUCCUAAGUUGUUAAACUCCA